AUGGCGAAUCAAGUGACACUCGAGGUAGCAGCUGGUAGCAGCUCUCCGCCGAGUAUGAACGAAAACAACGAGUCGAGUAGCGCAAGUAGUACAUGUGAUGGUGAUCGCGCAAACGGAAACUCCUCUGCUGAUGUCUUAUCUAACGAUGCAACCGCGAUACUGAGUGAUCCACGACGACCAGUUGGACCGAUUGCUGAUAAUGAUAGCAACGGUGAAUCGUGUUAUUUGAAUGCCGUAGGUGCAUCAGGUGAUAUCACAGGUAUAGUACCUGAUUAUCGAAUAGCUAGUGGUGAUGGAAGUAGCAGCGUCGGAUCUGUUUAUCCGCAAAGGUCUUCAAUGAAUGGAGAAUUGGAUGACAAAUCUACUGCUGCUACUAUUACUACUACGACUACGACUACUACCACUACCAUCACUACUACUACUAACACUAAUAGUACUACUAUUACUGCAACUACUCCUACCACUACUAUUAGGAAAACUGAUGAAGGUGUACCAGCAGAUGCUUCAACAUAUAGGAUUAAGUGUGAAAUGGAUUUGGGUCCAGCAGUAGUUUCAAGGUCACCUUCUUCUAGGAAGGUGAAUGAUUGCCAUGAAAUUGUGAAGUCGUCAGCUGUAGCUGGAGAAAGAAGGGGGAAUUUAUGUUCGGUACAUCAGAGUGGUGUGAGGAAGGCCAAGAUUAAUGUUGCUUGUCAAACGGAUCCCGAUGAAGAAACAUUCCCAAAGAUCACACAGUGUUCUCGAACUGCUGUUUCGCAACCUAAUGCAAAUAAAGGUACGGUGGCGUCAUCGAGUAUUGAUGCUAGCUCUCCUACAUCAAGCACUUCAUCUGAUGGAACAUUGCGGUUGAUGAUUCAAAAUUUCACCAAUAUGGCAGAUACUGUAAGAGGGCCAAGUAAAAAGAUACAAACUGUUCCUUGGCGAAUAAUGGUGAUGCCCCGACAGCAUGUUGUACAAAAGAAAGGCACGCAAAAGUGUUUGGGAUUUUUCCUGCAGUGUUGUCCGGAUGCUUAUUCUGAUUCAUGGUCAUGCCAAGCCGCAGCAGAAUUACGGCUGAUUUCACAGAAGCAAGGCGUACCACACUUUACAAGGAAAACUAACCAUGUUUAUACAGCGAAGGAAAAUGAUUGGGGAUACUCAUGCUUCAUGACAUGGGCUGAUAUAUUAGAUGAAAGUCAAGGUUAUAUCAAAGAUGACAAAGUAAUUUUGGAAGUAUCUGUUAAAGCUGAACCUCCAAAAAAUAUCCUAACUCAUGAGCAAUUCGAGAAGAAAAUUCAAGAUUAUAUGAGGUUAGCUGACAUACAAAGUAGUAGAGGACUCAUUGACAAAGCUAUCGAAGUCAAUAUGAGCGCUUUGAAAUUUUGUAAAGAUCGUGAUCAAGAUUGCAAAGCCGAUCUCGAGGCUCAGAAAGCGAAGCUGAUUGAGAUGAAGCUGAAGCAAAGUAUUGAAAGGAUUGAAAAAGGACCUCCGCUUGGUAAAGGUGAUGAGGAAAAUUCGCUUAAUCAGAGUGCUUUGAAACAAGCUAUAUCAGGUACUGCCACAAUUAAUAAACAAUCCAAUAUGAAUAAAUCAUCGAAAUCGAAUUCCAAUAAUAAAUCUCGUGAAACAAAUACGGAAAGAACUGUUAAUGUUCAUAACAGAACAGCAAUUUCACCUCUAAAUAAAACAUUGGAAACAAGACAAGCCGCGGAAUCAAAUGUUGCUGAAACUCGUCCAGUGCUGCAAAACGACAAGAACGCCUGCAAUGUGCAAGAAACUCCAAAUGAAGUACUGCUGAAUGCAGCUCGUGAAAUGAAAUGGCUUUCCGAUAAUGGAAAACAAGAGGAAGGGCGAAAUGAUUCGAGACAGGAAAAACUACCAAAGCAGGUUGAUGUAGCCGUUUUCGGCAGUGAAGGAAAGGAAGCAAAAAUUGAUGACAAGAAGACCACUUGCGAAAGAUUGAAUGAAAAACCGGAAGCUGAGAAGAAAGAAAUGGUUGUCAAUACUGAUUACUUAGAAAACGAUGUAUUUGCUUUAGGAGCUAAAAUGGCCGAAGAUGGAGAUAUGUUGCAAGUAGAUUCACAGAAAACUGAGACACAGGAGCCAGUUGUGCCGGUUCUGGAUUGCGCAUAUGAUGUGAGCGGGCAUGGUCAGCCAUGGGAAUUAUGCCAAGAACAGAAAGAGCAACAUGUUGUGGAAUGCUCUAGCGAUGAAGAAAUGAGCUCGUCGAAUGGAGUUUCGGAUAGCGAAGCUGAAGGAAAUAAUGGUCGCACUGUGGGUGGAGUUCCUUGUUCUAAAAAGAUGAAGCGUUCACUUCAAAGUGAUGGUACAGUAGUGCGCGAUGAUUGUGAUAGCUGUAUUCAGGCUAUGCUUGAGCCUGCUUCUCUUAACACAGAAGAGGCUUCGUGUCAGACUGACUUUUCCGUGCUGAUGCCCAAAGCAGAUGCAGCCAUAGUAAAUGCACACACGGUUAUGACAAACCCAAAUCCAAACCGGCCAUACGCACAGCCAAAGAAACAGACAGCAAAGAAAACCGUGCCCAACAACGAGUGGCGUCGAAAGAAGCCGAACGAGUUCAAAGAUAUGGAUUCUAGAAAAAAACAAGAUGAGCAGUUAAAGACCCAAACGGAUAAUAGGACGGAAGAAGCUGUGGAAAUGCAGAAAGAAAGCAUAGCGCGCUUCACAUCACAAUUUGCGAACGCGGAUCCAAAAACAUUUCCGGUCUUUCCAAUUUAUCAUUCACAGCAAAUUAUUGGAGACGACUUGGCAAAUCCGCAGGUGCAACAAUACAUGGAUGAUUCGACACAACCGAAUAUUUGGUCACGACAAUAUAUUGAAGAAUGGCUUAAAUUCAACAUCAAAUACUGCUGGAAAUACAUGAAAAACGGAGAGAAUCCACCUGCAGCUGGCGAUGAAAAUAGUUUGGAUUUUGCUGCCGGCAAUAUUCCUCAUUUCACAGAUGCACAGGUUCAGCAAGUUAUGGCAGCGCUGUCAGUGAUUGGUGUUAAUUGUGUGAAUGCUAAACGUGUGGUUGAUAAGGCCGCUGAAUUUAUUAAUACAUUGGAAAUGCGUUCGAAAAGUCCCUUCCUCAAAGGUUGUCUGCAAAAACUGGCAAUUCUAGCUGGAGAUGAGAAAGUUAUCGAAGCAAUCAAAGAUGGACGUAGAGAUCUUGACUGCUCUUCACUGGAUGAGCAUCAUUUAACAGCGCCUUUGGUUGAUGAUGCAGAUGACUUCAGUUCCUUGAUGUCUGACUGUCCAGAUGACCAGCAUGACUAUAUGUUGAAUCGCGAAGUGCAUCGCAUUGGUAUUUUUGCUGAUCAGGCAGUGAGUAAAAACCCACUGAUGGAAGUUGGUCAAGCCGAAAAAUUGAACGAGCAUACGGAGAAAAUUGCCCAACGUAUUGCGUUACUUGAAAGUGAUAAAGAAACCUUGUCGCGCCAACUUACUGCCGAGAAAGAAAAAAAUAAGAAACAAGAGCAGAAACAUGCAAAUACAACGAAACAGGUGCAGGCACAGUUGCAGUCCGAGAAAGAAAAACAUGAGAAGACAAUCCAGCAACUAAAUCAGAAGAAGAACGAAUUAAAGAAGCUUGAAAAAAGUGCCAAGCAACAUGAGAGGGAUUCUGAACGAUCACGAGAAUUACAAGAGAAAAAUGAGUGUUUGGUACGCGAAUUGCAAGAGCUUCGACAGAAACAUGCAGAAGAAUUAAGGAAGCUGCAGAGAGAAUUGCAGUCUAGCCAGGAUACUCGAAAAAAUAUGACCGAAGAAAUCAAAGGACGUGAUACUGAAAUCAGUGAAUUAAAAAAUCAGCUCAAUGAGCGGUCGAUUGCACUGAAACGUUCUGAAAAUGUGUUGUGUUCGGAACGUAAGACGUUCCAAAGUAAUAUAGCUUUUUUGACUGAACGUGCAAAGAAAGCCGAAGUUUCACUGCUGGAGCAUAAGCUUGAGACAGGCAUUGCUGUACUUGAAAGAGCCCAUAAAGAUGCUGGGCAGAGAGUGAAGGAUUUGGAAAUUGAGUCGAAGAAGGCAAGGAAUCCUAUUGCGGUGGAGGAACUGAAGGUAGCGGCUUCCGAAUGGAGGGCUAAACGAGAAGAGGUGGCCAGUCUUAUUACCACUGCAAAAGCCGAAUUCGCUGCGCAGAUUGAACAAAUCAAAGCUGGUAAAACAAUUGCUCAGUUGCCAAAAAUUAGUGUACCAAAACCUCCGCCUGCACCAAAACUCAAAUUAGGACAGUUUGCACUUCAAGUAUCACCCGCUAUUCCUGAAAAAGCUGUGACACCUGCUGUACCGUCUGUGGGAGUAAUUGGUAAUCGGUCUCCUGCGACUGGUAUAAUUAUCAAUUCUUCAUUAACGUCUGGUAAUGUCGCACCGGGUGCACCGAUGCAGACAAUGUCGAAAGCUCCUGCUCCUCCUUCAUCUCCUAUGAAGUCUCCUACUGGCACUACUACGUCAAUAGCACCGAUCGGCGUUCGACCUACUAGUCAUACGGGUUCAGUGAUAGAAUAUGCUAGCAGUCAUACCACGACAGUCAGUUCGUGCAGUACCACGCAGGCAACUUCCAGUACGUCGUCAACUUCCGGAUUAUCAUUACCGAGUGCUUGGAGUUCCAGCUGGGAUGGUCCGCUUGCUAUGAAUUCGAUCAGCGAACUGCUCAAUCCUAGUCGUUCAUUCGGACCCAUCGGUACUGAUUAUGGUAUCAGCACCGGUGGAAGUUCUUCUCAGCUUUCUCAUCCACCACCUGGUAUUACUAAUACGAGUAGCCAUUUCUCAUCGCAGUCGAAUGGCUGGAGUAAUGGAAGCGGGGGCGAAUGGCUUAAUACGUUAUCCUCUGGAAGCAACAGUAACAGUAUAAUAUCGAGCCAAUCAAGUCAUUAUAACCAUUUGCAGCAUCAAGGAAGUGGUUAUCAAUCACAGCAAUGGCCUAGUUGGACUGGUUACCACACCCCUUCUUCGAACACCUCUGAUGUCACUAGUGCACUAGUGGCGAGCAGUCGAAGUUCGUCUCCUCGACGUGAUAGUUUGCUGGAUACUCUAAGAAACCAUUUUCCACACGUUGCUCCUGAAAACUUGAAGGAAUACACAAACGAAUAUAUGAUGAGAAAUAAUCUGCCAAGUUUUAAGGCGCUUCCUUUGCGCGAAUUGGUAAACUACAUUGCAGUAGUUUCGUCGAAAACACAGAUGUGGAGUAAAAGCAGUAUGCCGCCGAUGAUGCACCAACCUCCUCCAAGUGUGAUACCAAAUUCAGUUAGCUUGAAUAUUUCUGGUGUCGACCCCUAUCAAGCACCUUCGGCACGUGUUCAGACCCAACAACCUAAUGUUCAUCCGCAUAAUCUUAUGCAACAACAAAUGCGUGAUGCUAUGGAGAGCUAA